UUGGAGGGAUCCACCGAGGUACGUGGGACCCUAACUGUGGGGCGAAUCUUGACGUAUGUGACUAAAUCCAUGCCGUCCAUCUAUAUUGAAAACUCAUUUCAGGGUAUGAUUCAAAUCUCACAUGCACCAUAAGAAACAAUAGUAACUGACCAUUAAAAACUUCCAGCGGUUGUGGGCCAUAAAAGCUUUGGAUCAAGUUGAUAUUUGUGUGGCCUCCCUGAAGUUUUUAAUGGUGGGGAUUCAAUCCCAUCUGUUUCCUGUGGUGUGGUCCAACUAAGAUUUGGGCAUUCUUCAUUAUUGGGAUCAUGCACUAAAAUGAGCUUUGAAAAUGGUUGGACGGUGUGGAUUGAAGGCACACACAUCACUGUGAGCCCCACAGUCAGGGGUCACCCACCCCGGUGGAUCCGGUGUCUCACCUGAUGGGUGGCUUGGAUAUUUCACCUACCUCACAUGUUGGCACGUGUGGUGGCUUGUAGUCUCCCUUAAUAUUCAACUCCACGCCCUCAGGUCUGAUAUCCUCUUUCAGCAAAUGCUACCUUGCGAGGUAGGCGCAUUUCUGUUAUCCUUCACCCCAAGAAUACUUUCAUAGUUCCAUUCACGUAUGUAUGUUAGACAUUCGUCACGUUCAUUCCGCUACUUCAUUUACCAAACAACAACAAAACCGUUGAACUGUUCGACGAAAUGCCUCAGAGAGAUCUCUUCCCUUUCCCAAACCCAACCUUUUCUAUUCAGUUCCAUCAUCCGAGCGUCCACCGAAAAGGGUUCCCCUCAAAAGGCCCUUCUCGAUUACAAAACCAUCCUCCUUUCUGGACUUCUCCAACCCAAUCUCCGAACGCUUGCUUCUGUUCUCGAAUCCUGCAAGAUCUCGCUGAACCUCGAAAUGGCGAUCGAGACUCAUGCAAGGAUUAUAAAAUCUGGGUACGAAUUGCAUCCUUCUCUGUCAUCUCCCCUGAUAGCUGUUUAUCUUGCUUAUGAUCGUCUCAUGGAUGCACAUCGGAUGUUUGAUGAAAUGCCGGAAUGGGGUUUCGAUGUCAUUUCUGCUAAUUUACUGAUCGCUGGUUAUUUGAAAAUUGGAGAUUUCGAAAAUGCAAAUCGUGUCUUUAACAAAAUGCCGAAUAGAGAUGUCGUCUCGUGGAAUUCAAUAAUUGGGGGGUGUGUCAGGAAUGCCCGCCCGAAGGAGGCAAUAAGCUUGUUCCGGCGGAUGCUUAAUUUGGGUUUUGAACCGGAUGGGUUCACGUUCUCAUCUGUUUUUUCUGCGUGUGCUCGAGUCGGGGCUCUUAAUCAUGGUGAGUGGGCUCAUGGUUUAAUGAUUGAGAAAGAAAUUGAGCUUAAUUUCAUACUAAGUUCGGCACUGAUAGAUAUGUACUCGAAAUGUGGGAGAAUCAAAACUGCUAUGGAAGUAUUCGAUGUCGCACGAAGGGACGAUGUAUCCAUUUGGAAUUCAAUGAUUACGGGGCUUGCAAUUCACGGGCUUGGUUCAGACGUGAUUGCAAUAUUCUCUCGAAUGAAUGGUGAAAAUAUCACACCUGAUUCUGUCACCUUCGUUGGGGUCUUAACCGCAUGUAGCCAUUGUGGUCUGGUUGAAAUGGGCCGCCAUUAUUUCAAUCUGAUGAAGAGUGAUUACUCGAUUGAGCCGCAGCUCGAGCAUUACGGAGCAAUGGUCGAUCUGCUGGGCCGCUCUGGGCUGUUAGAAGAAGCUCACAGGAUGAUAAGGGCAAUGCCAAUAGAACCUGAUAUUGUUAUUUGGAGGUCAUUGCUAAGUGCCUGUAGAACUUAUGGAAGGCCCGAUUUGGGUGAGGUUGUGAUCGAACGGAUGACACAAUGUGGUAGUGGUGACUAUGUCUUGCUAUCAAACAUCUACUCCUCUGCAAAUAGAUGGGAUUGCGCGGAGAGAGUGAGGGAGUUGAUGAAAAGGAGAGGAGUUCAGAAGAACCGUGGAUUGAGUUGGGUCGAGACAGGAGGAGCCAUUCAUGAGUUUAAGGCAGGGGAUCGAUCGCACAUGGAAUCUGAUGCGAUUUAUAGAGUGUUGGACGGUUUGAUGGUCCGGAUUAAGGCGGAAGGGUUCGUGCCCUUGACAGGAUUGGUUUUGAUGGAUGUGUCUGAGGAGGAAAAAGAGGGAAAUUUGAAUAGUCAUAGUGAGAAGCUGGCGCUUGCCUUUGCAGUACUGAGGACGGGCCCCAGAUCUGAAAUCCGGGUCUCGAAGAACCUUCGGACGUGCUGCGAUUGCCAUUGUUGGAUGAAGAUGGUUUCAAGAAUGCUUUGUAGGGUGAUAAUCGUGAGGGAUCGAAUCAGAUUCCAUCGGUUUGAAAAUGGACUGUGUUCUUGCACAGACUACUGGUAGCAAGAGAUGCUAUGGAUACUCAGCCAGCACAGUCCAGAUCUCAAGCACCCUGUGUGUGCCAGUUCCUAGCUGUUCAUAAGCUGCGGUGCACUUGGUGUCUGCCAUGGACCAAAAAUCAGGCCGAUCUAGUCAUCAGGUGGACCACAAAUGUAUCUUGAAUGCAGGCUAUUGGUUGGUUGAUUCUUUUAAUAAUCUAUUCUUUCAUAGAUGUGUGGCCUGCUAAAGGCCGGAUGGGACUGAUUCUUGGACCAUGAUGCAUACACAGCAGGGUCCACCAGGUGAAUAAGCUGGAUCUCACAGACCCACUUGGUGAGUGUGGAUUGUCAGCCAGGAGAUUCGUCACUAGGGGCAGGUCACAAAAAGAGAGGGAAACUUCAUUUGAAAUAUGUUAUGGCAAUGGAAGGGCCUCUUGUAGUGGGUGUCUUUAUCUUGCAAGCCCAUUAACCUGAAAUGCUUUGCUCAUUGGCCAUGAUGAAACUUACCAAGGCCCAUCAACAUCAGAUGGUUGAUUGGAAGAAGCAGACAGCGAUGAGGGUCAUCAACAGUAUCAUACCUUCUAAAUGGCCUGGUUGGGCCCUUCCCAAACCAAUCCGACCCUGCCUAUUUCCAUCCCCACUUAAAUUAGUGAUAAUGAGUAUUCCAUCAAAGUGAAUUGAACCUCAUCUUUUCGUCGAGCAUUUCAGCGAAAUCCUCUGAUUGUCUUCCUCCAAUGGGCUGUUGUCACACACAAUGACGAACCACCAUGGCGAAGAUGGUUCCCAGUGUUUAAGGCCCAGUUCAAAAAAAUAGCCAAAAUGUGCGUUCGACACUAUUUAAAGUGGUGCCUGCCUUAUUUGGAGGUUUGUUAAUUUUACAUUUGCAUUGAAGUACUGCCCACAUUUGAAAAUAUAUAGCUUAUGCAUGAGAUUGAGCUUUUCAUCAGGUGGGACACACUGUUUAGAUAAUCCAGGCUAAAAUUUGGGCACUUUAACACCUUUGGUGGGGCCUCAUCAUACAAAACAAAUGGAUGGCCACAAAAAAAUUGUUUAAUUGUUAAUUUAACUUUUUUGGAUGGUAAGAAAAUAUUAUUACCAACAAAGUGAAGUCGACUUCUGACUAU